AUGGAUGUUCUCUAUUCAUUAUUGGAUAUUGAAAAUCAACAACUUAAUAUGAUAGUAAAAGACCAAAAGUUUACUACAAGUCUCAAUUUUGUAUUAACAAUGAUAACUAAUAAUGUAUUGUUGAUUGAUGAUUGUAAACUUGAUCGAUUCUGUAUAAAUACUUUGUCAAAAAUUGCUCUUAAUAUUAAAUCUCUUAUUGUUGAAUCGGAAUCGAUGGAACGUAUUCUUCUUGCUGCUGAUUAUCCUAAUCUAGUUAUACUUAAAUUCUUCAAUCUCAAUAACAAAACUGCUUCAAAAUAUUUUACAGUCAAGUCACCAUUUCACAAGAUACUUGAAAAACAAAUUCGAGAUCUUAUGUACACAAAUAUAUAG